AUGAGCAGCUCGUCUGUCUGCCCAGAAAUAUCGAGCCUCAAUGUCGUCGACCUCCGUGCGCACUACGCAUCACGAAGACUCUCUCCCGUGGAUGUCGUGCGGCACGUCUACGACAGAAUACGCUCCUACCAGGAACGUGACCCGGCCGUCUGGAUCCAUCUGAUCCCACAGUCCACGGCUGUGAUGCGUGCAGAGGAACUGGUGGCGACAUAUUACAGCUCUGACGACCGCCCUCUCCCGUCGCUGUUUGGCAUUCCGUUCUCUGUCAAAAACUCCAUCGACGUCAAGGGUCUCCCGACCACGCUGGCCUGUUCCACCUUCAGCUAUACACCCGAGGAAACCGCUCCCGUGGUGUCGAGAAUCCUAGCGGCUGGUGGGAUCCUCAUUGGCGCGACCAAUCUGGACCAAUUCGCGACGGGCCUGACAGGAGUGCGAUCUCCUUACGGCAUCCCUCGCUGCGUGUUUGAUGCCGAUUACGUGUCGGGCGGAAGCUCGUCAGGUUCGGCCGUGAGCGUCGCGGCAUCGCUGGUGUCGUUCACCGUCUGCACGGACACGGGAGGCAGCACCCGAGUCCCGGCAGCGUACAAUGGACUCGUCGGCCUCAAGCCCACACUGGGGACGAUUAGUACUGUCGGCCUGGUUCCCGCGUGCAAGAACAUCGACUGCGUCUGCAUGAUGGCCAGGACGAUGGACGAUGCCGAGCAGGUCUGGGAUGUGAUGAGGGCAUUUGACGAGCGUGACGUGUACGCCCGUCGAGAGCUGCCCGUGUGGAGUCCCUGGAAGGAUCCGAUCCGCUUUGCCAUUCCCCCUGAAGACCUGCUACAUGACAUGUCACCUGCCUAUGCGGAACUGUUCCAAAACGUUGUCACGGCUCUCCGUAGUCGCAGUGACUGGUGCGUCGAAGCUGAGGGAUUCGACUAUGCACCCUUCGGCGCGGCGAACCAGAUGCUGUACGACUCGUCGAUCGUGUCGCAGCGCCUGCUCGCGUUCGAAGGGUACAUCAAGACGUGGGGUCUCGAGCACCUGCACCCGGCGAUCCAGACCACGUUCCGCCAAGCCAUGGACAACCGGUUCAGCGCGGAGCGGGCGUACGACGACAUCUUCACACUAGCAGGCCACCGACGGCAGGCCGAGAUGCAGUUCCGGGACCACAUCGACGUGCUCGUCGUGCCCAGCACCAUCGACCACCCCACCGUGGCCCAGCUGGCCGAGGAGCCCAUGGCGCGCAACAAGGUUUUGGGUCGGUUCACCAACUUUGUCAAUCUGCUGGAUCUGGCCGCCGUCAGCGUGCCCGCGGGCUGGUGGCUGAACCCCGGGGGGAAGAAGAUGCCCUUUGGAGUCACGGUGGUGGGACAGGCCGGAAAGGACAGGGAGCUCAUGGCCUUUGGGCAGGAGGUCGUGCGGAUGAUGGCCGCCGCCACCGAAGUGUAG